AUGAUCGAUACCGGUAUGCGCCCCAGACGCCCUGUUGGCAGGUCACUCGGCGCUCCCGCUUCCACUCCCAGUCCCACUCGCGUAGCGCUUGUCACAGGCGCCGCGAGCGGAAUCGGACUUACCCUUGCGUUGCGGCUGGCGCAGGACGGAAUCGACGUCGCCGUCAAUGAUCUGCACGGAACCGCACUUGAGGCAGUAGCGAAGGAGAUCGCGGGCAUGGGCCGUCGCACCUGCGUCGUCUAUGCCGAUGUUUCCGAGGACAGUGAUGCUCAGCGCAUGAUAUCCGAAGUCACCGAGGAACUGGGCGGUCUCGACAUCCUCAUCGCUAACGCCGGCAUCAUCCGCGUCGGCUCCGUUCUAGAUUUGAACGUCGGCGACUUCGACGCUCAGAUGAAGGUCAACGUCCGUGGCGAGUUCCUUACCCUGAAGCACGGCGCCGCACAGAUGGUCAAACAGGGCCGUGGCGGACGUAUCCUCUGCGCGACUUCGCUGGCCGGUCAACAGGGCCAGGCUGUAGCGCUGGGUUACUGCGCGAGCAAGAGUGCUAUCAUCGGGAUGAUGCAGUGUGCCGCGGCUGAAUUGGCCAAGCACAAGAUCACGGUGAAUGCGUAUGCUCCUGGAAACCUCCCGGACACACCUUUCGCUCGCUCAGUCGUGGAAGCGAUCGGACAGGGCGGAAUACCUGCGAACUUAACUCAGACACCCGUUGGUCGCGGGGGUACCACGGACGACGUCGCCAACGCCGUCGCCUGGCUGAUUGACGAGAAGUCCGACUUUAUAACGGGCCAGACUAUCGGCAUAAACGGCGGAGUGUUCAUGACCUGA